UACUUUGUAUCUCAAUGACCGUUCUGACCCCGAAAAUAUUUUAGUGACUUCCUUCUUGGUCAAAUUUAUCGGGCAAGGACGGUUUUCUUUGGGAAAUCGCAGGUUCACUAUUGGCUGGCUGAUGAAUCAACCUGUGCGUUUCGGGGCCUUAUUGAUGACUUUUCCAUCCAAUUGCGAAUCCUUGAUUUUCAUUGGCUGAUGACCAGUAUUACAAUUGGCUGGUAAAGUUACCUUGACGGCAUUUUUAUGCAACAUGGACCUUUGUUUGUAUGUCAAUUUCAAUUGAAAUUCAAUGUAGAUUUAUGUUGUAAUUCCACAUUGGUCGCUAAUUUGAUCAAUGAAGAUUCAAUUGAUUAUAAAUACGAGGAGUGCUGUAUGGGAUCAGCGGAAACGUUUGCAAACCAAAAAGGAGUGAAUAAUGAGUGAUCUGUAGAGCUACUGUAUAUUGUUUCCUAUGGUUCCUUUGAUGGUAAUUUGUUCGAUGGAUUGGCAUGAUUUGAAGAAUACCACGAGGAGUCUACAGGGAAUCGCCGCGGGCAAGAUGAAACUCGUAACAAUCACCAAGUUCACCUUACUGACUUUAGCUGUCACCUCUUUGACCAAUGCUGCAAAUAUCCUUGUUACUGUCUUAGUUCCAGAAAAAAGCAGCCAUUCUAUAAGCAUGUCCGCUAUAACAGAAGCAUUGAGCCGUCGCGGCCACAACGUCACCAUCCUGACCUGCUCAUUUGUAGGAACAGAAGGCUUUCCGAUGGACACCUACAACACCGCUAUCCAGUUCCACUUCGAUGUUCCUUCAGAUUACGAGGCCGCCCUGGACACCAUGAUAGAGGACUUCUUUCAGAAGGAUCUGUUAAGUAAUAUGAUAGAUAUAGGGAAACUGUACUCUUGGAUGAGGUUACGUUGCCAAAGUCUCUUUGAGGACUCUGCUGCUCUGUAUCGGCUGAAUGAAUCACAUUUUGAUAUCCUGAUCGGGGAUGUCACUGACGGAUGUGAUGCGAUCCUCAGUAGUUACCUAGGUAUACCGCACAUAGCUGUGACGACGACAACCAGAUAUUUCCUUUUUCACGAACGCCUCUACGGGAUUCCAGCGCCUUCAUCGUACGUACAAUAUUCACUCCCCUUAUCAGAUCAGAUGACGUUUCUGGAGCGGGUUGCCAGCUUCAUGGACCAUAACCUUGUCUCGAGAUUUUUAGAGUGGGUUCACUUCGGUGCUUUAGACGAGAUAAAGGAUGCACAUGGUAUUGCUCCAGGACGAAGCACACAGGAGCUCGUAGGAGAUGCAGAGUUGUGGAUGUGCAUGACAAGCUUUGCCUUUGAUUUCCCUCACCCAACCGCACCCAACUGGGUAGCUAUCGGAAAUACUGUCGGUGUCCCAGCAAGACCGUUAGACAAGAAAUACGAAGAAUUUAUUGAGGGUUCUGGAGAACAUGGUUUCAUCAUAUUCUCACUGGGCUCUUAUUUUACCCGUGUGCCACUACGUAUGGCAGAGGUCUUCGCCAGAGUUUUCAGUGAGCUUCCACAAAGAGUGAUCUGGCGGUAUAUUGGGCCACGCCCCCGUUACCUUGGCAAUAACACGUUGAUCGUAGACUGGAUACCACAGAACGACCUACUUGGUCAUCCCAAAGCAAGAUUGAUGAUAUAUCAUGGCGGCUUGCGAGGCAUUCUAGAAGCUAUUUACCAUGCUGUUCCACUGGUCGUCAUGCCAGUAAUAUUUGAUCAAAACUCCAAUGCUGUCAAGGUCAAGACGAAGGGAUUUGGAAGGAUUCUCCACAGAUUCUCCGUUACCGACGAGAACGUGAGGGAAGCGAUCAUGGAUGUCCUGGUAAAUCAAAGUUACAGGGAUAAUGUCAUCAAAUAUUCAAGAAUCUACAAAGAUACCCAAGCUGACCCUGAGGAAACUAUAGUCUACUGGGUUGAACAUAUCCUCAAACAUGGCGGAUCGCACCUGAGAUCUGGAGCACUGCAACUCAACUUCAUCCAACUUAAUUCCAUUGACGUCUUAGCGUUCAUCUGCACCAUCCUACUCGUAACCAUCUUCGUUAUUUAUUCAUGCUGUAUACGAUGUCGAUCCCGUUGUUUACAAAGUAGAAAGUCAAAAUUAGAAUGAUUUUUUUUAUCUUAUUUCGCAACGUUAUACGACCGAGAAAAUGAUGUUGUAUCUUGAUGUACUAUGUUAAGCACUUAAUUAGUUUAGACAAUAUUUGUUGUCGAUGCCCAAUAUGUAUACAAAUGGCGUAUUGAAUCAUAUACUUACGUUACGUUCGCAUUAUGCGUUACAUUUGCAGUAUGCAAAUCAUCUCUCAUUAAUCCUUUUUUAUUUUUUUUUUUGUUCUACAUUGUAUGAUCGAUAAAAUUUUAGAAAAAAAUAGAUAUAUCUGUACGAAAUGAAAGCUUUGGAUAUUUUGUUUAAGGAAAACAUCUCUCACUUUAGCUGGAAGUGUAAGACUGAGGUAUGUUCUGUAUAGCGAACAUGGUGAAAGGGCAUAGGGUGAGAGUGUGUGUUUGUGUAUUUGGUGUGGGUGUAAUAGGUCCACGGUAGUGAGAGAGAUACAGGUGCCACGAGCCUAAUUGCAACCGGAAGGAAAAGAUAUUCAUUCGACCUAACCCAUUCGAAUUUGUUUAAAUUUGAUAUUGCUGAUCGACAAAAGCGUAUGAAUAAGUACCGUCUAACACUGAUUACAGAAAGGGCAACUACUGAUUUUCCUUUGCCCAAAUUUUGACGACAUAUUGAUGAUUUUGGAACUAUUUUUGGGCUGGCGGAAGAAUAGGGCUACAUUGCUGUCGCAGGUGAUGAAUUUGAGGAGAUGUCUUCAUAAAUGCCGAUUUACUUUUAAAAUGAGCUGGCUAAGGUAUCCUACUCUGGUCAGAUAUGGAAUGUCUG